CAUGACUGCCCAGUUGCUUCUAGCCAUUAUCCUGUUGGUCCAAAGUCAACGAGUCCACUGUCAUACGGUUGCUUCUAUUCGAGUCGAAAAGGAAGAAGAACAAAAACAUUUGGAACUCGAUGGCUCUGGGAUGAACAUUAAGGAGUGGCCACCUGCCAGCGAUCAAACUCAAACUUGUGACGGGAGCAGUGAUAAAGACAUUGACAUCACCUUUACGGAUACCACUGGAUGCUUCCUUUUCCAAACGCCCGGUUUUAAUGAUGGCGGCUAUCCAGAUGCUUCGAAUGGAGACUAUGCUUGCAUCUACAGAAAUUCGUUUCCUAACAGAGUCUCUGGAAUAGUGACAGUUUUGCAAGAAGAUUUCGAAUUUCCAGCCCCGAACAAUAAUGGUCUAUGCAGCGAUCGUUUAAGAAUUAGACCAGUGGACAAAACACCGUUGACAGGACCAGACCCUGAUCCUGAGGACUUAAUCAACGUCCAGAACCAAGUACGAUUCUGUGGAACAAUCACGUCUGACAAGGCGCGAAGAUUUGAUACCCGUGAUCUUGUAAUUGCUUUAAGAGCCAAUGCCGCAACCAACGGUAAUGGUGCGCAAAUUGUUUUGUGCUUUGAUUGAACUAAAAUGUUUUCAAGGAAAUGUCAUUUCUUAACGUUUGUUGCAAGUUUGAGAAUGGAACUUUGUCGUGAAAACAACAGAA